AUGGAUCGGAAAGUGUUUGAUAUUCAACCCAUUGGCCGCUUCUAUGGAGCUAGUGCCGCAAUUCGACGUCCUAAGGAGAUUUCAUGUUUUUCCUAUGACGAUAAUCAUGAAUUCCACCUGGGAGAGUCCUCCUUAAAAUACUACUACACACCGCAUCUCCCUGCAGAUCUGAACCGGGGGUUCGAAUCCUUCCAGAAGCUAGAUGAUUCCGCCGACGAGCAUCUCGAUGCAUUGCUCGAUACCAUCAUGGCUCUAGAACAGGAUACGGAAAACAAAUGCGAAGCUGAUAUCAUCACUUGGAGAGGAAUGAUGACCAAGAUACUGACGGCUCCUUUUGACAAUAUGAACGGGUUUGAGAUGAACGCGACCUUGUACCAAGGAACUAUCUUCAUUGAAGAGAACAACAGCUACAAAAAUGAGCAGAAGCGGAUCCAGAAGAAUCAGAGAAUGCCUCCUGGUAUGGCUUCUCAAGAGCUAAUGGCAUACUGGGGCUACAAAUUUGAAACAAUAUCGUUACUCAACCAACCAUGGGAUCCAACUCCUCGUCAGGAGAUUGAAGGUCGAGAAGAGCUUGUUGUAAACAACAAGGCCCAGUAUUGCUCCGUGGUGCGGACUGCGAUAGGUCGCACCAAACUUGUCAUUGGGGGCGAAGUGGAUGCUAUAUGGGACCGCAAACCGGACCGGAAGGAGGACCCGAUCAACUGGGUAGAACUGAAAACCUCGGCCGAGAUCAGGAAUGACCGGGACAUGGUCAAAUACGAAAGGAAGCUUCUCAAGUUCUGGGCCCAAUCAUUCCUUCUUGGUGUGCCUCGAAUUAUUGUUGGGUUUCGAGACCAGCAAGGAAUUGUCCACCGUCUUGAGGAAUUGGACACCGCCAGCAUACCAGGCAAGGUCAAGAAGGUGGGGCGAGCGACCUGGGACGGAAAUAUAUGCAUCAAUUUUACUGCUGAAUUUCUGCAAUGGCUUAAAUCUACCAUUCAGGAGGAAGGGACGUGGAGGAUAGUCAAACGUGAGAGAUCCUCAGUCAUCGAGGUCUUCAAAGUGGAGGAUAGUGGGACCGGCGACAUCAUCUCUCCGGCCUUUUCAGCUUGGAGGACCACAAUAUGA